GAUAAAAAUAUAUUUUCAGAGAAAAUGGAGGGAAAAGUGUGCGUCAUAACAGGUGCAAGCAGAGGAGCUGGCAAAGGAAUCGCGGAGGUACUGGCCCGGAACGGUGCGUACUGUGUGGUGGUAGCGAGGAGUGCGGGUCAGCUUGAGCAGCUUCUAAACUCUAUCCUGGAGAACGGAGGGAAGGGGAUGUGCGCCCCUUGUAAUAUUGCAGAUAGGGCUAGUGUGCAAGCCAUGGUAAAAAAAGUUGUUGACGAGGUUGGAGUUCCUGAUUUCCUUAUCAACAAUGCUGGAGUCUGGGCCUUCCAGGACUUCUGUGACAAAGAGUAUGAUAGCUGGGAUUUGAUGAUUGAUGUCAAUGUUAAGGGACACCUUCACCUUAUGGGAGAGUUUGUUCCCUUGAUGAAAGAAAGGGGAAAAGGACAUAUUAUUAACGUAACUAGUGAUAGUGAGAGAGUUCCCUUUGCUGGGGUUUCAGUCUACACAGGAACCAAGUUCUUUAUGAGAGGAACUUGUGAGGCCCUCAGGAUGGAGUUAAGGGGAACAGGAGUCAGAAUCACGAAUAUUCUACCAGGCUUCAUUUGGACAGAUGGACUAGAGAAGACCUUGAACAAUGAGAAGGAGAGAGCCAUGAUGGAAAAGUUUGGAUUUGGAGAUCCUGACAAUUAUAUCAAAAAUAAGGAUCUAAUGCUUCAGCCCUCAGAUAUCGGAGAUUGUGUUCUAAGCGUGGCAAGAGCACCGGAGAAUUAUCAUAUCGACGAUAUUCGUCUCAUGGAUAAAUUACAGAAUACAGUGUUCUAAAUACAGAAUACAGUGUUCUAAAUACAGACUACAGUGUUCUAAAUACAGAAUACAGUGUUCUAAAUAUAGAAUAUAGUGUUCUAAAUAUAGAAUAUAGUGUUCUAAAUAUAGAAUACAGUGUUUUAAAUAUAGAAUACAGUGUUCUAAAUAUAGAAUACAGUGUUCUAAAUACAGACUACAGUGUUCUUAAUACAGAAUAAAGUGUUCGUAAUAUAGAAUACAGAGUUCUAAAUACAGAAUACAGUGUUUUAAAUAUAGAAUACAGUGUUCUAAAUACAGAAUACAGUGUUCUAAAUACAGAAUACAGUGUUAUAAAUACAGAAUACACUGUUCUAAAUACAGAAUAAAGUGUUCGUAAUAUAGAAUGCAGAGUUCUAAAUAUAGCAUACAGUGUUUUAAAUAUAGAAUACAGUGUUCUAAAUACAGAAUACAGAGUUUUAAAUAUAGAAUACAGUGUUCUAAAUAUA